GGGGUAAGAGGAAGUUGGUUUAUGUGUUGGCACCCAAAUGGCGACACAUGGUUCCGCUCCGCCACCCCGACCCUAGCUUAAACUACACUUUCUCUUGUAUUGUGGUUAUAAAAGGAACCACACAGGCAACAUUAGAAUCCAGAGGGAACAGAGCCACCCCAUAAGCCGUGGUUGCUGCUGCGGAAUUCCGCCUUACAUCCAUCAGAAGCGAUCUUCCGCAGCAGCAAACUAACAAUAUCCUUAUCAUAUAAAAUAAUAAGCAUGGCUCGCUCUCUCUCACAAGCAAGCCGCCUUGGUGCUCUUGUUGCUGAAGCUUCCUCCUCCUUAAUCCCUCUUCGUCGUUUGUUGCAUGGUAGGCGGGGUUAUGCGGCAGUGUCUGAUGCUUCAAAUUCCAUUGUAGAAGGAAAGGGGGGAGGAGGUGUGUGCAGAGAUUGGGCCCCAGAUCCAGUAAGCGGUUACUACAGGCCCAUCAAUCACACUCCACAAAUUGACCCGGUGGAGCUCCGACACAUGUUCCUCAACCGCAAACUCACAUCAGACCACACCCCGGGCCCACACUCAUAAUCAUAUUAUCAUAUCAAAACCAAAAGGCUUUCUAUGCUUCCUAUGAUCGUAUCCGAAAGCAAUAGCAAUGAUAUACUCGUUUUUGUUUGCGUGUCCUUAGUUUCUAUCUAUCUAUAUUUGCUAAAUUAGUAAUGGACUUAUCCUUCAUA